CGGCGGGCAGUAAAACGAUCCCGCUGUCGCCCCGGGGCCAAGCCCAGCUUCCCCCGGCCGAUAAAAGGGGCGGCGGGAGGGACACGGAGCUCACUGCCCUGCGCGGCUUCUCCCCGAGCUUUCGGCCAAGGCGUGGGAUUCGGGAAUAACCCUCUGGAGCCAGCCAUGUCCCGCUCCGUGAGCUUCAGCUCCCGCUCGGCCGCCGGCCCGGCCGUCACCCAGGUCCGGGUGAGCUCCGUGUCCUCCACCCGCGGGCUCAGCGGCUCCGGGCUCGGCCGCGCCGGCGGCUUCGGCAGCUCCAGCCUCUACAGCCUGGGCUCGGCCAAGAGGGUCUCCAUGGGAGGGAGCGGCUCCUACAGCGUCCGCUCGGGAUACGGCUUCGGGAGCGCGGGAUUGGGGGCCCUGAGCCCCGGCGGCAUCCAGGAGGUGACGGUGAACCAGAGCCUGCUGACCCCCCUCAACCUGGAGAUCGACCCCAACAUCCAGAGGGUGCGAAAGGAGGAGAAGGAGCAGAUCAAGACCCUCAACAACAAGUACGAGGAUGAGAUCAACAAGCGCGCGGCGGCCGAGAACGAGUUUGUGGUGCUCAAGAAGGAUGUGGAUGCUGCCUACAUGAACAAGGUGGAGCUGGAGGCCAAGGUGGAUGGGCUGACGGACGAGAUCAACUUCCUGAGGGCUUUCCAGGAGGCGGAGAUCAACGAGCUGCAGGCCCAGAUCUCCGACACCUCGGUGGUGCUUUCCAUGGACAACAGCCGGAACCUGGACCUGGACAGCAUCAUCGCCGAGGUGAAGGCGCAGUACGAGGACAUCGCCAACCGCAGCCGCGCCGAGGCCGAGGCCUGGUACCAGAACAAGUACGAGCAGCUCCAGGUGACGGCCGGGAAACACGGGGAUGACCUGAGGAACACCAAGAACGAGAUCACGGAGAUCAACCGGACGAUCCAGAGGCUCCAGGGGGAGAUCGAGAGUGCCAAGGCCCAGCGAGCCAAGCUGGAGGCGGCCGUGGCCGAGGCGGAGGAGCGCGGGGAGAUGGCCCUCAAGGACGCCCGGGCCAAGCUGGCCGAGCUGGAAGAUGCCCUGCAGAAAGCCAAGGCCGACAUGGCCCGGCAGCUCCGAGAGUACCAGGAGCUCAUGAACGUCAAACUGGCCCUGGACAUCGAGAUCGCGACCUACAGGAAGCUGCUGGAAGGGGAGGAGAGCAGGUUGGCCGGGGACGGAGUCGGCAACGUCAACAUCUCCGUGGUCAGCUCCAGCGGCGGCGGCGGCUUCUCCAGCUCCGGAGGAUUCCUGGGAGGAGCCCUCGGCGCCGGGAUGGGCAGCGGAGCCCUCGGCUUCUCCUCGGGUGGGGCCACCAAGUCCUACUCCAUCACCACCACCUCCAGCAGCCGCCGCAGCGUCAGGAAGUAACUCCGGCCACAUUCCCGGGAGGGAGGGAAACCCUUGGGAAGCAACGCCCGGGGGCCUUUCACAAAAGGCACAAAAGCGGCUGCAAAACAAAUUCCUGCCCCUGCCACGACACUCCCGAGGCUCCAUCCUGCUCCCGAGGCUCCAUCCUACCCUGGAAUAUCCCCCUGGGAGCGGGAUCAGACCUCCCGGGGCUGGAUUUGGCAAAUCCCACAUUCCCGCUGCGCCUUUGCCGAAGGGACCCGGAGAUUCUCUGCCCCCCCUUAAUUGGAUUUUGGAAGAUUUCCAUCCCUCAGGUCUCACCCCGGGCUGGGUUUUUAAAAACGUGUCAAGGAGAAAAGGGUGAAACUGCUCUGGAUUUCUCCUUAUUUUCCUUUGGGAACGGGCUCGGGGCUGGAAUUCCACGAUUCUCCUCUGCCUGGAGCUGUUUUCUGCCCAAAGGCAGAUUUAUUUCGGGCUCUUUGGAGCAAAAUAACCCAUCAACUCCUCCCUCCCUUGUUCCCUGUUCUUCAAUGCAGCCCAGAGCUUGAGGGACAUUAAAUUGCUUGAAAUUCCAAGUGUCCCACUCCAAAGGGGGAGAACAUUCCCGGUUUCUGGGUGUCUCUGUUCACUCUGGGGGUAUUUCGGGAUCUCUGGGGUCUCCUCCCGCGAGGCAAAAGCGUGUUUGGGGUUGGUGCAGAUCCCAAAAACUCCUCCUUCCUGCCGAGGCGGGGCUUCGGCCUCCCCGAGCCGGGGGAGAGCGGGGUCGUGGCUGCAGCGGGAAGAGUUUUUCGGGAAUAACUCCAAGGAACUGCGCAGCCAUCCCGUGCUGAUGCUCGGCCGUGUCCCGACGGUGCGUUUUUUGGGUGGAAUUUUGAUGCUUUUCGUGUCUGUCCCGAGGCCUUUAAUAAAAGUUUCCCUUUUUCCUGCUCGUUC